UUUUGUUGUUGCCUUCCGUUGCAAAGUUUCUUUUUCAUCUCCCCCCCUUAAUAAAAUUUCAACUUAAACGUGUGUGGUGUUACUAUACUGACAUUUUUUUUUUUGAACCACGCCUUUUGUAUUAUUUAUUCACUUGCAUAAUAAUUUCCAUCGAAGAAGUUACCAGAAAGUUUUACCAUCGUUUUAAUAACAUUUCCAAACCAACAACAGACAGACAAAUAAUUCAAUCAUGCUAAAAUUUAAAGUACAAAUCCGGUUAGCUAGUACCGCUGCCUCCGUUGGUAAGCAUACUUCAGUUCAUACUCAUACAAUUAAGACCCCAGUUGAUAUUCGGGCUGCUAUCGCUACAUUAAAACCUAAAACCACAAGAUUGUCAAUUGAAGGACCAAUUGAGUGUGAUUUGCAAGGGUUUUCUCUUUUAAAUUCUCCAAUUUUCAAUAAAGGUUCUGCAUUUACUCAAGAAGAAAGAAAAGCCUUUGGAUUGGAGGGUUUAUUACCAAGACAAAUUAACACUUUGGAUGAACAAGUUGAAAGAGCUUAUCGUCAAUUUUGUUUCUUAAAGACUCCAUUGGCUAAAAAUGAUUUUUUAACCAGUAUGAGAAUACAAAAUAAAGUGUUGUACUAUGAAUUGGUUAGAAAUCACAUUAGAGAAAUGUUACCAAUUAUUUACACUCCUACUGAAGGGGAUGCUAUUGCUGCAUAUUCACAUAGAUUCAGGAAACCAGAAGGUUGUUUCUUGGAUAUAAAUGAUCCAGAUAGCAUUGAUACUAGAUUGAGUGCUUAUGGUGAAGAUAAAGAUAUUGAUUAUAUUGUUGUUUCUGAUGGUGAAGGUAUUUUAGGUAUCGGAGAUCAAGGUGUUGGUGGUAUCAGAAUCGCUAUUGCCAAGUUAGGGUUAAUGACUCUUUGUGGUGGUAUCCAUCCUGGUAGAGUUUUACCAAUUGUACUUGAUGUUGGUACCAAUAAUAAGAAAUUAUUGAAUGAUGAUCUUUAUAUGGGAAAUAAAAUGGAUAGAGUUAGAGGAGACCAAUAUUGGGAUUUCAUUGACAAGUUUAUCCAAGCUGUCAAGAAGAGAUUCCCAAGUGCCGUUUUACAUUAUGAAGAUUUUGGGGUAAGUACAGGAAGACCAAUGUUAUACAAAUAUAGAGAAGAACUUCCUUCAUUCAAUGAUGAUAUUCAAGGUACUGGUGCCGUUGUUAUGGCUUCCAUGACUGCUGCUUUACAAUUUUCUAAUCGUGACUUGCUUGAUGCACAAAUUGUUAUCUAUGGUGCUGGUUCUGCUGGUUUAGGUAUAGCCGAUCAAAUUGUUAACCAUAUGGUUUCUCACGGUUCAACCGUCGAAGAAGCAAGAUCAAGAAUUCACUGUAUGGAUAGAUAUGGUUUAAUUUUGGAUAAUUCCACUACCGGCAGUGAAGCUCAAAUGAGAUAUGCCGACCCUGCAUCUGAAUGGGAAGGUGUAAAUACCGCUAGUUUAGUUGAUGUUAUUGCUAAAGUUAAGCCUACCACUUUAGUUGGAUGUUCAACUCAAGCUGGUGCUUUUGAUGAAACUGUUAUCAAGGAAAUGUAUAAGCACAACAAACAGCCAAUUGUUUUCCCAUUAUCAAACCCAACCAGAUUACAUGAAGCUGUUCCAGUUGAUAUUAUGAGAUGGACCGAUAACAAUGCAUUAAUUGCUACUGGAUCUCCAUUUGAACCAGUUGAUGGUUACUAUAUUUCUGAAAAUAACAACUGUUUCACAUUCCCAGGUAUUGGGUUAGGUGCAGUAUUGUCAAGAUGUACUACUAUUAGUGAUACUAUGGUUUCUGCUGCCGUUGAUAAGUUGGCAUCAUUAUCUCCAAAGAUGAAAAACCCAAAGAAUGGGUUAUUACCAAGAUUAGAAGAAAUCGAUGAAGUUAGUGCUCAUGUUGCUGCUGCUGUUAUUUUGCAAAGUUUAGAAGAAGGUACUGCUAGAGUUGAAAAUGAAAGACGUCCAGACGGUGGAUUUGUUAGUGUUCCUCGUGAAUUCAAUGCUUGUCUUAAAUGGGUUCAAUCACAAAUGUGGAAGCCAGUUUAUAGACCAUUGGUUAAGGUGGAACAUGUACCAGAAAUCCAUACUUAUCAAUAUUAAGUUUAUAGACUAUAAAAUUCAGUGCAUAAAGUUUUUUAAUACGAAAUUUAUUUAUU